AUGGAAGCUAGCAAGUUGCGACAGAUCAAACUUGAAAAAGAUGAAACUGAGACAGCGGUUAGCUCCUUGAGAGAACAAGAAACUGAACUCGCGAAAAAAUUGGCUGUUAUGAAUGCGACAAUGAAAGCCGAAAAGAAAAAGUCAUUCAAAACCGUGAUUGUUGAAUGUGCAAAAGCAUAUACCAGAUACAAAGCGUUAGACCCGAAACGAGUAACUUCACAAAAGAACAUUGCUAAAUUAGAAGCAGAAAUCGCUGCUCGUAAAGCUGGAGGAAGUCUUGAUGAGACAAUUUUAUUCGAUUCCACAUUCAGUCUUUCUAAUACAUCAAUUAGUAGUAGUAGUCGUCUUGAUGAGACGGCUAACAUUUCGAUUAGAUCUGACAAUGCUGAUGUAAACAUGGGAACCGAAAAUAAUGAAAUGGAAAAUGAAGACGAGCCGAUGGAACAGGAUGAAGAACCGGAAAACCAUGAGAAUGUUGACGAAAAUAUGAUGAAUGAAUCUGUUGAUAUGGGCAACCACAUUAUUCAAGAUAAUUCUGUCGAACAAGAUGCAAAUGCGAAUAUUUCGGAAGAAGAUGUUUUCAUGGAGCAUGAAGAAGAUGCCGACAAGGAGCAAAAUGCAACCGAACGUGAAAACCUGGACGAACAGGAAGCUGUCAACGUCUCGAAUGCAUCAAAUAAUCAAAACAGAUCAUUUUUCGAUGAGCUGUUGUCGAAAAAACGAAAUGAUGAGGCAGUGGAUAAAAUUCUGAACAUCAGCUCGAACAGUGGUGAUGAAGCAGAUUUCGAUUUUAACUUCGGUGGCGGCGAAACGAGUACAACGAAUGAUUUAGGAUUUGAUUUCACUAGCGCUGCGACAUCUUCGGAUCCCUUCGGAUUCGGAAAUUCUACUGAAAAUGCAACUGAUAAUGGAAUGUCAUUCAACUUUAAUUUCGACUCUGGAGAUAAUAAAAAUGGAACUGAUGCAGCAUCCAAAAAACCUCGACCAAUUAUUCCAGACGGCCCAUCUCUUCAAGACUUUGUGACUACAGGCUCCGUUAAAGAAGCAGUAUCGAAAUACGAAGGGAAAUUAAAGCUUGAGAAGGGAGAAAAAAGGUUGCGCCUUCCACCAUGGCUUAAAAAACAGCAGGUCUUGCCUUCUGAAAAUCAAAAAGUUGCCCAAUUAAAAAAGCAAUUAAAGAAAUUAAAGUUAUCUACUGUUUGCGAAGAGGCUAAAUGUCCGAACCUUGGAGAAUGUUGGGGUGGCUCAAAUGAUAGUCUUUCGACUGCAACGAUAAUGCUAAUGGGUGAUACAUGCACGAGAGGAUGCAGAUUUUGUUCUGUGAAGACUUCACGAGCGCCGCCUCCAUUGGAUCCAAUGGAACCUGAAAAUACUACAGAAGCGGUAGUUUCUUGGGGUGUCGACUACAUUGUACUCACCUCUGUAGAUCGUGAUGACCUUCCUGAUGGUGGAUCGGAGCAUUUACGUCGAACGGUUCAACUUAUGAAGAAAAGGAAACCGGAACUUUUGAUAGAAUGUUUGUUACCAGAUUUUUCUGGGGAUAGGGCAAGUAUUGAGCGAAUGGCUACCAGUGGUCUUGACGUUUAUGCUCAUAAUAUGGAGACUGUUGAAAGAUUAACACCAUGGGUUCGUGAUCCUAGAGCAAAGUACCGCCAAUCUUUAGAAGCGUUGCGCUAUGCGAAGGAAAUUAACCCAAAGCUUCUUUCUAAAACCUCUAUAAUGUUAGGGCUUGGCGAAGAUGAUGCUGAAGUGAUGCAAUUCCUUGAUGAUUUGAGAAACAAUGAUGUAGAUGUGAUUACAUUUGGUCAAUAUAUGCAGCCAACAAAGCGGCAUCUUCUGGUCAAGGAAUGGAUAACUCCGGAAAAAUUUGAGUACUGGGCUGAAGUAGCGAAGAAGCUGAAUUUUGUUUACGUCGCAUCUGGUCCGCUUGUUCGAUCUUCAUAUAAAGCUGGAGAAUUCUAUCUGAAGAACGGUACAAUGGGUCUUACUGGAAAGACAGUCGUCAUAGACGGUAAAAAUCAUCUUCUCGGACGUUUGGCAUCUAUUGUUGCCAAGAAGCUCCUCCAGGGUGAAAAGGUCGUUGUCGUCCGCGCUGAGGAGAUUACGAUCUCUGGAAAUUUCCACCGUUCCAAGCUGAAGUACAUGAGCUUCCUCCGCAAGAGAUGCAAUAUUAACCCAGCUCGUGGAGCUUUCCACUACCGUGCCCCAGGAAAGAUUUUCUGGCGCACAGUUAGAGGAAUGUUGCCACACAAGACCAUUCGAGGAAACUCUGCCCUCAAGAACUUGAGAGCGUAUGAAGGAGUCCCGAUCAAGUACCAGAAGGUGAAGCUUCUCAAUGCUCCAUCUGCCAGCAGAUUCCUCUGCUUGGAGCCAAGAAGAAAGUUCUGCAGAGUUGGCCGUCUCUCACACGAAGUCGGAUGGCAGUAUCAGGACGUUGUUGCCAAGCUUGAAGCCAAGAGAAAGGUCAAGGGUGCUGCUUAUUACGAACAGAAGAAGAAGCUCAACAAGUUAUUCGAACAAGCCAAGAUUAAUGCCGCCCCGAAGAUCGCAAAAUACCAGAAGAUCAUCGAGAGCUUCGGAUACAACUGA